AUGAAACCAAGCAACAACCUUCGAAGCAAACCACACUCCAAUGCUACAGCCUUAACCUGCAAACACCAAUACUACUCACUGUUUUAUCUGGAAAUCGUUGGCUCCAGUACAAAUGAGUGGCUGAUUGCAGUGUCUUUUUCAAAGGGACGUAGUGCUCCUGAAACGAAGAAACCCGCUUUGUCCUUUUUAUUCUUCCAAGAUGUCGCAGAGCCUUUCGGGAUUCUCGAACAGGAAGACUACUGA